GUGUGAUGGCAUUGGUCUCUGGAAGAUGUUCUGCUCUUAACCCAAAUGCACCUCUAUUCAUCCCUGCUGCUCUCCGUCAGGUGGAGGAUUUUUCACCUCAAUGGUGGGAUCUUGUGAAGUCUUCAACAUGGUUUCGUGAUUAUUGGUUGAGUCAACAUAAGGAGGAAGAGUUUGAAGAAGUUGGUAAUGACUCUACUAAUGAUGAUCUGGAGAAUAUGCUCUCAGAAGCUUUUGAUCUAAGCAUGGAAGAAGACUUAAAUGUUCUAGAAAACGAAUUUGAGCAGUUAGUGAUGUCCUCUGCAGUUCAAGAUCAUCUUGUUCAGGAUGAUCCUAAUGAUGGAAAAGUGGCUCCUUAUG